AACGCCCACCCGGAAAGAUGCGCCCGCGAUACUGCCUCGCAUCGUCGCGGAGCAACAGCGGCCCUCAGCUCUCCUUAAAAGCUUUUCUUUCGUCCCGACUCUCCAUUUCUUCUUCACCCCACUCAUCAACCAGCAACAUUCUUCUGGCGGUCAAUCCUUCUUGUCUCAUCCAUACCCCUUCAUCUUCAUCCCUUUAUCUCAGCCCAUGCUCCACCUUAGGUCACCCGCCGGCAACAUGGUCGGCCAGGUCCUCACGCUCAGCGCUCUCGUGGUCCUCACACAUGCCAAGGCCAUCGUCACCAACCAGUGCAAGGACGACGUCUACAUCUGGUCCGUCCCCGUCAAGCCCGAUUACCCCGAGAACAUACCCAUCCCAUCUGGCAGGCGAUACGAGGAGCCCUGGCGCUAUGGCACGUCGGUGAAUCCCGGAAUUGCCAUCAAGGUGUCCCCCGAAGACAACGGCAUCAACAAUGACAAGAGCGAGAUCGACUUCCAGUACAGUAUCGACCCUGUCGACCCCAAGAAGAUCUGGAUCAAUCUCUCGACUGUUCGUGGCCAUGCCUUCGGCGAGAAUGUCACGCUUCACACCUGUCACGGCCCGUACAAAGGGCCCGACGUUCCGACCCGCCAGUGCAGCGAUACCGACGACAUCGAGCUGGUUCUCUGCGGCACUGAGCGCACGACUCCGCUUCAUGACUCCACGUCUUUGGAAGUCCUCGCCAAAUGCACCGAAAAGUUGAAGGAGCGCCACGCUGAGGACUCCCCUCGGCCACAACUGUGCCGCGCUCGCGUCAUUGGACCGCGCCAGCCGAAGCGCAAGUCACAGCCCCAGGGUGGAAGUACCAAUAACUCUCAUGAUGGACUUCCUGCCACGGUUCCGCUUAAGGAUGUCCUUCGCCAGGAAGCCGCCAAGCACGCCGCAACCAAGACUGCUGAAGGCCCUACCUGCGACAAAUGUCCCAAUCCCAACCUCAUCCCGCCGAGCGAGAAGGCAGUCGGUAUUCCAUAUGCCGAGCCAACUGAUACGAAUAACAAGGCUCCUCUUUGCGAUCUCCUUCGCAAGAGCUUUCCCGGCGCCAUGUGCGACGAAGCCACGGCAGAGCACAACGCGAGGCUUUUCUACGCUGACGGCUGCGGCGACAAGACCAAGCGGAUGUUUCCCGGGAACGACUGCCAGGAAAUUCGCAAAGAGAUGAAAAAGGUGUUCCCAGGCGUCGAUAAGGCUGUGAUCCGGGGCGAGGAUGAGCAUACGGACUAUAGCACCGCCUUUUCGAAGCGCCGCGAUCUCCGCGAGGUCUGCAUCUUCGAGACUCACACGGAGCUCGGCAAAUACUGGGGCAGCCUCGAUAAUACCAGGGACAUGCUGGAGGAUAUCUUCGAGGAAAUUCCCUUCUCGCUUGAGACCCAAGACUGUACGAAGAAGGCCAUCAAGGACACCAAGAAGUACUAUCACAAGCUUGUUCCCGGGAGGAGGACCCAGCGCUGCGUCAUGCCCUACUGCCGACCCGUGUUUCCGGACGCGAAAUGCAGCGACGUUGAAGAUGUACUUGAGAAGGUUUCCAAGGACCUUGGCCACUACGACGACUGGACCACUGAUGACGAUGCCUGUGGCGAAUGGGUCAAACGAAGAUCCAACGACACCAGUGCAGCCAAGCGCGAUGUUCGCAACGUCUGUUCCCUGGAAGCACACAGGGAACUGGGCAAGUACUGGGGAAAUAUGGACGACACUGAAAGCUUGCUGAACGCCAUCUUUCCGGAUAGUUACUUUACUGACGGGGAGAGCGAAUGCGAGUCGGAUGCCAUCAAAAGAUCAAGGGACUACUACCACAAGCUUAUUCCCAAGAAGAAGACCAAGAAGUGCGUCUUGCCGUACUGCCAGCCCGUCAUUCACGGAGCAAAGUGCAGGAAGGUCAAAAAGGCCCUCGAGAAGGUUUCCAAAGACGUCGGCAAGCACUACGACUGGACCAGCGAUAACGAGGCCUGCGGCGAGUGGGCCCAGUGGGCCGGCAACCACACCAGCGUUGCCAGGGCUCAGAAGCCGAAGGACUGCAUCAAGGCCUUCUGUGAUCCAAUCAUCCCCAUGGACUGCAGCGAUGCCGAAGACCUCUUUGAGGAGCUGUUCCGCGAAGAGGGCGUUGACAUGGACUGGACCACCGAUGACGACGUCUGCCGCGAUUUCAAGGCUCGCGCCGCCAAGGCUACCAUCCUCGAUAAGCGUGGAAGACCCAAGGUUUGCAUCAAACCUGUGUGCAACUUUUUGGAUGCCAAUGGCAAGGAUUGUGAGAGGGUAGAGGACGUCUGGGAGCAGUCAGCCAAGGAUAGGUUUGGCCUUAAGAUCGAUUAUACCACUGACGACGACGUGUGCUGAGAGCUGGAAGCUUAGCUGAGAGAAUUGCGGGGACGGGUUAGGCUUCAUUGUUUCCUUGUUGCUGAGCUGAUGGGCGGGGGAUGAUUUUAUUGGUAGUCUUGUUUCCCUCUGCUUGAAUUGGAGUUACCAGUGCUUUCCUAGCUUCCUCAUCUUCACAUGGCCUAAUCUAC